GAAGGAAUGGGGCUAUCAACAAUUUAAAAAGAAAACAGGAAACCCCUGCAAAGGGAGAGAAAGAAAGAGAGAAAGAGACAGAGAGAGAAAUAAUUCCCAGUUGAAUGGGUACAGACAGGAUUUAUCUUCCCGCAAUCGCAACGUGCGAUCAUGCUAGUGAGUGGGGAUUUCCUUGCGCUGGGCGAAGAGUGGACAAUGUUGCAAAAAGUUUGUUGCCUGCAGUGUGUUCUCACCUAUGGAGCAUGCGCGCUGCCCUCGGCCGCACUCCACAACUGACAACAAUUUAGUUGGGAAGAAGCGAAGAUCAGUAGGACAGGCAAGUCUACAGAAUACAAUGGAACAAAGUUUAAGAGAAGAAAAUGUGAAUACUGCAGCAGGACAAGAUUUUGACCUGCUUAGUGCUAUGGAAUGGAAGGAUGGAAUUGCUACACUGCCAGGCAGCAACUUAAAGUUCCGAAUCACUGAGUUCAACACCCUGGAAAUCAUCACAAAUGCAGAGAUGGAAGAUGGGAAAGACACCAGCUUGAGAAGUGGGAGCAGGGUCCUAGAUUCAAAAGCUUCACAAAAUACAGAGGAAGUGCCCAGCAUGGAUGGAAUCUAUUGCUGCGGGAACUGUGGACACUACGGCACUAUUGAGCACUUCAGCCACGGGGGUAAAUUCUGCAGUGAGGCCUGUGCACAGCAUUACAAAGAAAGCACUAAUAAGCCUACUCAUGUAGAUGUGGCAAAUGGCAAUGGCUCCAUCAUGAAACGUCUCAGGAAGAAACGAAAGCUGCUACUAGACUGGGCAGAUGAAGAUUUUCAGGCAGAUGAAGAUGAGGAAGCACUGGAAGAAUUCAAGGUGAAGACCAAAAUAGCUCAGGAACCCCAUCUCCGAGGCCGGAGAGGCCCCAAACUAUUAAAACAAGCCCUGGCUGUUCCUGGCAAGAAGAAAACCUGGAACUGGGCUUCUUACCUGGAAGAAGAGAAAAUGCAAGCUGCACCGCUCAAGCUCUUCAAAGAGUACCAGUUGUUUCCACAGAGUCGCAAUGGAUUUAAAUUAGGCAUGAGGCUUGAGGGCAUCGACCCAGAACAUCCAUCAAUCUUUUGUGUUCUUAGUGUUGCUGAGGUGCAGGGAUACAGGAUCAGGUUACAUUUUGAUGGCUACUCUGAAUGCUAUGAUUUCUGGAUAAAUGCAGACUCCCCUGAUAUCCAUCCUUUCGGUUGGUGUGAGAAAACAGGCCAUAAACUACAUCUUCCAAAAGGCUACAAAGACAGUAUCUCAUACCUAAAGUCUUGUAAAGCUCAAGCAGCUCCCAAAAAUCUCUUCAGGUCAUUGAAUACGUCUAUUACCCCUUCUGGUUUCCGAGUGGGGAUGAAGUUAGAAGCAGUCGAUAAGAAGAACCCCUCCCUUACAUGUGUGGCUACUAUUGCUGAUAUGGUGGAUAACCGCCUGCUAAUUCACUUUGACAACUGGGAUGACAGCUAUGACUAUUGGUGUGAUGCUAGCAGUCCAUAUAUUCGUCCAGUUGGAUCAUGUCAGGCAUCUGGAUUGCCUCUUACAACACCACCUGAGUAUAAAGAUACCAAAGAUUUUUCCUGGGAGGAGUACUUGGAGGGCUCUGGUGCACAGGCAGCUCCAGCACGGGCUUUUAAACAGCGCCCACCCCAUGGCUUUCAUUUGAACAUGAAACUGGAGACUGUAGAUAAGAGAAAUCCCAUGCUGAUAAGAGUGGCAACUAUUGUAGAUACUGAAGAUCAUAGAAUAAAGAUCCAUUUUGAUGGCUGGAGUCAUGACUAUGACUAUUGGAUAGAUGCAGAUAGCCCAGAUAUCCAUCCUGCUGGCUGGUGUGCUAAAACUGGACAUUCACUGCAGAUACCUCUUAGCCCUGCUGACUUGGCACUAAGUCCAGGACAAGGAGGAUGCCCAACACCUGGUUGUAAAGGAAUAGGGCACAUCAAAGGAGCAAGAUAUGCUGCACACUACACAUUAGUCAGUUGUCCGUAUUCUGAAAUUAACCUCAACAAAGAUACGGUUUUACCAGACCGUUUAAGUGGAGAGAGGCAGUCACCUGUCUCGGCUGUUCAGAAGCUAAAGAAAAUGGGAACACAGGCAAUCUCAACAGCAUCAGAAGACACCUCCAUGCUUAAAAAAACUCUUUCACAGAAUGGUGCUGGGAACCAAAUCAAAACAGACUACCUGACGGGACAUUGCGUCAUGGAAAAUGGGCAGGCCAAAGGAGUUGGCGAAGAAUGCUGUGAAGAAUUGCCAGUCAAAAAGCCCCAAGUCUCAGUUGAUGGCAAGAUAAAACAGAGAAAAGUUGGACGUCCACCAAAGUAUUUAAAACUCCAGUUUGUGAAGCAAGAAGAAGAAACGUUGGGCAGACUAAAAGAAACGGCAGAGAGCGACUACAAUCUGCAGCAAGCUCUUCACCAGUCUGUAUUUAUGUCCUCGGUCUCUUCACAUCCUAUGCAACGUUUGUAUCUUUGCUGGGAACAGCACAGCAAGUUACUGCCUGAGGUGGCAGGUCACACUGCAAAGAAAGUGGCAAAGUGGUCUAUAGAAGAGGUGGCCAAUUUUGUACAAAGUUUACCAGGAUGUAAGGAACAAGCCAUUAUUUUCAGGGAAGAGCAAAUAGAUGGAGAAGCCUUUUUGCUACUGACUCAGACGGACAUUGUUAAAAUUAUGAGCAUCAAACUGGGACCAGCGCUGAAGAUUUACAACUCCAUCCUCAUGUUUAAAAAUGCAGAAGAAAAUGAGUUGGAAGUCUGCUAAAGGACUGUAAAGAAUGUUUGUUUUUUUUUAAGCACAAGGACCUGCAGACCGGAAUGAAAUCCAGCUUGAGAUGAUUUUUCUUCUCUCUGACUUUCUGACUCAUUUAACAUUUAUUAAUGAACUAAAGUCUGUGGUGCCAACGCCAGUGGGUGAAGCCCACAGCCUUUGAAGACAGACAAGCGUUUUUUUUUUGUUGGAAGAACAAAUGUCUCCCUGUAUUAUAUUAUUGUAAGUGAUAUUGUUCUAGGUAUCCAGAAUUUUAAGAGAACACUUGAACCUCGUUUAGGGAAACCGACUGAAAAAGGUUAUCAUCCUUGGAGCCUUGAUCGUUGUGUCACAUGAUGUCCAUUUCCUGUGUCUUCCACCCAAGCCUAUCUGAAAACUUAGUCUCCAUCUUGUUACCUUUAUUUCUUCAUGCAAAUUGUUUUUUGGUCUCAAGUGCUUCUUUUAGUACGUGUGAAAAAGAAUGAGAAGCAAAGAGAUGUGGCAGAGGCUAGGAAGAUUUAAAAAAAAAAGAGACCAUUGUCCUAGCACCAUUGGGUAAAAUCUGUUCAACACAGUUGGACUUGUUUUUUUCUUGAGACGACAGGAUGAACUGUACAAUUACGAUGAGCGCAUGAACUGAAUCUCAAUAUGUGUUUGCAGUCAUAAUCUGAAGGAAUGAGGUGUGCCACCCUCUAUUCCUUUCACUUCUGGUAUAAACUGUGAUCUUGUCUGAUUAUUUGUGUAAUGAGUUGCAGGGAAUGUUGAAGUGGAAUAGCUGAGCUGCUGUUGUUGGACAGUCGUGAACUAAUCGUACACUGCUUAAUGUAUAAUUCUCAGUGGAUUUUUAAAUGUGAAGGUUUCAUUGAGAGCUGUGGCUGCCAGAGACAUCCAUUUGUUUCUCAUGUACGCACAUUACAUUGAAAUGUUUAUAAUAGAUUAAACUGUGUAAAGUAAAAA